AUUACGCUUCUAUUUUCCUCUGUUUCACCAGUGCCAUACAUGAAAUUCUCCACUGUCAAGCUAUAUUAUACCAUGAGGAUUAUAAUGAGACCGGAUAUUAUGCUAUUAAUGGAUUGCUGGAAUUUUUCAUGCGUGUUGAGCGACGGGGACUAAGCAAUUAUCGUGUGGUCUUCACGUACCAAAUAGAACUGGCGACCGCUAACCCAUCCAAACUAUAUUACUAUGGUAUCGAUAUGAGGAGAAAGUAUCUGAGUAUGAAAUUCAAUGAUUACGUUCGAGUGGAUGGCGAUCCCACUGGUGUGGAUAUUACCGUAACUUGGUUGAAGGAUAUCACCAGAUCGGCAGACAUGGAACUCUUCUACAUGGUUCAAACGAUCGAGGGAGAGGAGAUUGCAUCGAAAUUCUUCGAUUUACCUAGCCUGUGCACUGGGCGUUAUUCAUACAACAGCUGGGAUCGCAAUAUCAUGGAAAUUUAUAGUCGAGAAAUGAUGAACCUGAAAUGCCCUGUUGAAUCGGGAACUACGAUCAGCCCCCCAGCAGCGUUCACCAUCCACCUGACAUUUAAUCAUAAAAUUCCAUGCACAACUCUGCAAUUUAUUAUGGACCUCUACCCCCCUGAAGAGCCCGACUCUACAGCAUUUCUCCUCUUGGAGGGUAAUGUACACUCGUACCAUGCUUGUUAAAGUAAAACCCCUUUCUCCCCCCUCUCUCUCUCUCAAGAAAAAAAAAACAAAAUACCAUGCGGAUAUCCGUGACAAUUAUAUUCCCGUGUUAAGGCUGAAGUUUCAAAUUAAUUGCAGCUGAUAAUUUGAAUGGAUUUGCAUAAUUGCUUACAGUUUGCUUAACUGAAAGCAAUUCACCUGAAUUCAAUUUCAGCUUUUGCAGAUGUUCUUUUAUUUUUCCCAUCUUCCAUCUGGAUAUGUAAAGAUAUGACGAACAUCAGCGUCAAGUUACCACUCAAAGGCAAAAGAAAUAAAAAAAAAGUUUGAAUGGGAAAGUGAUGGAGGAAAAGGGGUUUUGGGAAUGAGGGAUUUGUUUUUCCACUUUAACCGAGAGAAAUUCGUCAUACAUAAAUGGAUGACGGAAGUAAACGGCUAUGCGGAGGCACUCGAAUGGAAGAAAAUUUUAUAUUU